AUGUUGUACACUGUUUUUCUUAAGACUGAACUAGGGCAUUGCUUUUAUCUACAGCAAAAAACAAAAGUGAAACUGACCGAGAUAACGACAUAACACGUACCGAAGGUUACAUCUUUACAUUCAACUUCUGAAACGAAAUGGCUACAGUGAUUUAUGAUGCUCUUUCUGAGCUGCUGGAAGACGAGUUCACAGAAUUCAAAUGGCACCUGUCAAAUAGCGGGACAGAAGACAACUCUAUUGCUCGUGGAAAGCUGGAGAAAAAAAAUCGGCAUGAGGUCGUGGAUCUCAUAGUGCAGCAGUAUGGCAGCUCAGACGCCGGGAAGGUUGCAAUCAGAGCGCUGCGCAAAGUUAAGCAAAAUGAUCUGGCUGAUCAGUUGAAGGGAAAACUUCAGGAAGUUUCAAAGGACGUUUCCGCUGAAGGCAGAGCUUCAUCCGGUGCAGCGGCUGCAACAGAUUCAAAGACAGGAGUUACAGUGACCAUAAACUCUAGCAGUGGAGGAACCGUAAAGGCCCCUGUUCUUCAGGGUGGUGUUUUUCAUGGUCCAAUGACCUUUAACUAAUGCUCAAGGAUCUAACUGUCUUAUAACAAUGAUUUUAAGGGCUCUAAUAAAGAGUAUCUGAAAUUAUUCAGAUCUACUUUGUUUUCAAAUGCAUAUUAUGUUUACAGCUCUGUUAAAUUUGAAAGCACAUUUUUAUUUAGUUUUACUCAUAGUCUUUGGAGUAAAAUGGCAUUUAGUUUUAGUCAUAUUUAAGUAAUCUAAAUGGUUUUAGUCUUAGUCUAGUUUUAGUCAACUAAAUCUACCAUAGCUAGUCAAGGUUUAGUAAGAAUUCCUCUAAGAUUUCCAAACCCAUUAUAUAUUCUUGAAAAAAAUAUUUAAUAAACUGGUAAUAUGAAUGAUUUGAAAAUGCCUCAAACAGAUUUAACUGCUGUGACACAUAACAUGUCUUCAUCUCAAAAUUAAAUAAAACUACAAAGA